GCACCGCACCUUGGGUCAUUUCCUGACUAUUGCCUGGCCUCGGAAAAAUUUGCAAUCUCGCUUUCUCUCUCUCUUUCUCGCUCCUUGAUAUCAUCGAGGAUGUAUCUCUCUUGCAAUGCCUGGCAGCCAUGCUACCAUUAAACCGCAUGGAUGAGGAUCCGGGCGAUGAUAUCGCCUAUCGCAUAUGGAUUGGGACUAUUGUUACAGUGGUGCCGGCUACUGUUAUUACUGCGUUGCGGUUUAUCGCGCGGACUGUUUCGCGGGUUGGGCUUUGGUGGGAUGAUUAUACUAUUGCGGUUGCUCUUGUGAUCAAUUGGGGAAUGGCCGCUACACGAUGGGCACAAGUUCUGAUGUAUGACUAUGGCCGACAUACUCAAUACGUAGCGUCCGAAAAAGUCAUAAACUUUCAAAUAAGCUUCAUCGCGGUACAAAUAACAUACUUCUGCAAUGCCGUCUUCAUCAAAGCUUCUCUGCUGCUUCUCUACCACCGAAUUUUCGGCGUCGUUUCGGGAUUUCGCUGGGCCCUAGGAAUCUCAGCGUUCCUAGUCACGGCAUACUUCGUCGCUUGCGUUAUCGUCACCAUUGCCGGUUGCUCGCCUGUCUCGUACUAUUGGUAUAGACACCAAGAAGGGUCAUGCAUCGACGAAGUGAACUUUUACCGAUGGAACGGCAUCGUCAACAUGCUUCUGGAUGUGUUGAUUCUGUGCUUACCGUUCCCAAUGACAUGGCGUGUAAAGACAUGUCUUCGACAAAAGUUAAUACUAACGGGGAUAUUCCUCCUCGGUGGAUUCGUCUGCAUCGUCUCCAUCCUCCGCAUAAUAGCCUUCGACUUCUCCGACGCCAAUGACCCCAUGUACAGCACAAUCGACACAGCAACAUGGUCCUCCAUCGAGCAAUCCGUCGGCAUAAUCUGCGCCUGUCUCCCAACUCUCCGCCCCAUGUUCCGCCAACUAUACGACGCCUCGCGCCAUUCUACAGAUAAAGAAAGCGGGUCUAGAUCGCGCACGCUUUCGUAUUCUUUGCCUAUACGCUUGUCGCAAUUGGGAUCGUCGCAGGCUGAGGCUGAUGGGAGUACGGUUUGUUUUGCGAGGUUGCCUACUGCUACUACUGCUGCUACGGAUGGAUCGAGGUCGAGGGCUUCAUCAAUGCCGCAGACGAGGAUGGGGUAUGGGGGUGGGGGUUGAUAAGUAUGGGUAUGCGCCGUCGAUACCGUCGGUUGCGACGGAGGGGAGGAGUCGGGCUGGGUCGAGUGGGUUGGGGGAGGAGGCGCAACAGUGUGCAUGAGUUAUGUUUAAAGGGCGGUUUACUGGGAUUAUUGGGAUAUAUGGCGUUAUUAUAGAGGACAUGGGUUUGGGUGUUAUAGAACUAUUGCGGUUAAUGAUUUAUGAUGGUUGGGUAGAUGUGUUUUUGCAUUUCGGAUGUCAGUGCUGAAGGAUCCGAAAUAUAGAUUUAACAAUGCCCUGUGCGAACACCGGGCCAAUGCGAUCCUCUUCCGAUCGAUU